UGUUGAUUUCGCUCUGCUUCUCAUUCUAGCAUUUUGUUUUUUUUCUAAUUCUCUUUCAUCUCUGUCCUGAAUCAGAGAAAGGCAGAGCUUCACUUGAUUGGGUAAAGAGAGCACGAAGAAGCUCGAUCUCAGACAGCAUGUAGAUGAAGAAAAUAAUCUGUUUUCUUCCUCUUGCUCUUUUUCUCUCUUUCAUAAAAUCGGAAGUUAACGCUCGGUGCCUCCACGCAUCAAAUCCUUCACAUAAAUACUGACAAUAAUGCCUUCACAAUAUUGCCCCCCAGGAAAAUUGCUUGCAUCCAAGGGAGGUGAAAGGAAGAUGGAGCAGAUGUUAGAGAGGAAGGAGAGAGAUUUCGUUUGCCCUUACGCGUCCAAUCCCUACCAUGAUUGCGCUGAAUUCUGUGAAAAGUUUCCAGAGAAGCUUCAGGAUGAGGGAAAAAAACCAGCGCAAUACAAGGGAAUGAAGAAGUUACAGAAAGACGGUGCGACGCCGACCACCAUAAAGGCACUCAAGUCUUUCAACUCUUGUGCUGGAAACUUUUUUUCGAUCAACCCUGCAUCAUAUCAAGCAACGAGGUCUAAGAAAAUGUGGAUCAUGGCGGAUAGGAGCGAUGUGCAUCCAUACUGUGAAAAUGCAUCCAAUCCUUACCACAAUUGUGCUGAAUAUUGCUUCCAUAAUGUCCCUAAUAGGGACCAGCUUGGUCAAGAAAAGGGAGUUGUUUCCAUUCUGCAAAGAGAAACGAAUUCAUGCCGUGAAAACAUGUCAGAUUCAUAUAUUGAAUAUAACAUCGAAGAUGUUCCUGAGAAGGAACAGCCUGGGCUAGUGGUCACAAAUUCCAAGGAAGAAAAGAAAAUAGAUCUCACCGCAGAGAGAUGGGUGAAUCCUAAUUGCCAAUUUGCAUCAAAUCCGUACCAUACUUGCGCCGAAUACUGCCUUCAAAAUGACCCGGGCUGGGAAAGGCAUGGACAUGUCAAGAAGCUAAAAAGUUUAAGGAAAAUAGUCAGCAAUAAAGAAACAAGUGCGAACCUUCGGUGUAACUUCGCAUCAAACCGAUAUCAUGAAUGUGGUGCAGAGUGUUUUCAAAAUAAACUUGAUCUAAGCAAAGCUAAUGAAGGAGUGGAUCCUAAGUGCCAAUUCGCAUCAAAUCCAUACCAUAUAUGUGCUGAAUACUGCAUUCAAAAUGUCCCUGAGAUGGAAAAGCAUGGACGUGCCAUGAAGCUUAACAACCAACUGAAAUUGAAGAAAACAGUCAGCAAUAUAGAGACAACAAUUGUGCACCGUUGUUUUGCAUCAAACUCAAAUCAUGCAUGUAAUGCAUACUUUUUUGAAAAUGAUCUUGAUCAGAACAUAGUAGAAGGAGCCUAUCCUGCAGUUAUUGCUGAGGAGAAGAAGAGGAAUUCACCCAGUGAAAAGAGUUCUUAUGUGAGCAUGGAGAAUAGCACCGUCAACUUGGAAUUUUCAGAAGCAUCUGAAGUACAGAGCGAUUAUGCUGAAUUUUCUGAAGGAAUAGCCGUGGAAGUUGUAACUAACGACCUGAUUCCAGUAGAAACAAAGAUUGCAAGAGAGACUUCAGAUGUGCAACUAUUGCAAUUAGAUGCUUCUGAUUUAUUCCUUGAAUGGGCUAAAUAUUGCUCCAAGGAGAAAAUUGCUGAAUUCAAAAUUGUUAAGCAAGUAGAAAGGAGAGCAUGUGAAACAAAGAAUGGCCAAGCUCAUCUGAAAUACUAUGAUUCAUCAAAUUUUAAAAAGGCUGAAGCUCAAGGGAGCUUGCCACUUUCUAUCUCCACCUCAAUACUCUUUCUUCUUGGGUUUCUCUUUGCUCUUUUCAGAUGGACACAAAUGAUUCACUCCUUAUGCCUUCAGAAAGGAAGAAGGGUGAUGCAUAAAAGACAUUGAAUCCAAUUGAAGAAUUUUAUUUAAUCCAAAGCUUUUGAGAAUGUUUCCAAGGAAUGUAAUAAGAAAUGCAUUUGAUAAUGGGGGAACAUGUAUGAUUGUGUUUUUCUAUGAUUAUCUCACUUGUAGGUGCUGAAUUUCUUCUUUUUUUAUACUUUCUUGUUGGAUUGAUGUUGUUUUAAGCAAUUUGGCAUA